AUGGAAGGUAGUAAAUGUAGUUUAAAUGUCACUUUCGACGACAAAAUUAAAAAUAAUGUGGAUGAUGUUAUCCCACAACCCGAAGAUGAUGCAUCAUCGCAAAGCACAAUCCCAUUCAUGAAGGACGCAGAUAAGUAUAUGAGAGGAUUAUUCAGUGGCUUUAUCAACACUUCUAAUGAUGAUGAUGAUUGUAGUACAAUUGGUGACAAGGAUGAGGAUGAUGAGGAGGAGGAGGAAACGGAAAAAAAACCAUUCUUAGAUUCACUGAAAGAUACCUGUAAGAGCGUUUUUGACAAAAGAGGUUUAGCUAUUUUGGCAUUAAUAUUUCUCAUGGGAUUCUUGAUCUACAUGUACAAAAAAGGACACUUGGAUAAUUUGGCGAAAUUGCUUCCAAUGUCGUACUUAACUGGAGAAGGCGAUGAUAACGAGCCAGAAAUGGUUGAUGCGCACCAUGAGAAGCACCAUGCGCACGCACAUACUGAAUGCACCUGCAAAGACAAAGGCGCAAAACUAGCUGGCGGUGGCUCCCCAUCUGGAGAAUGCCCAUGCCAACAAGCUAAAAGAUUAGCCGAAGCUAAAGCAUUAGCGGAAGCUAAAGCAUUUUCUGAUCCCUCCAUGAACAAGUUUUACGAUAAAUGA